AUGCAUAUCCUCCUGAGCAAAAAAAUAGCACGUUUUCUAUUGAUAUCGGUCGUUUUCGUGUUUGCACUAAUGGUGACUUUGAAUCACCCGAAAACAAAGCAGAUGUCUGAACAGUAUUUGACGCCAUAUCUUCCGUCAUCGCUGUACCCUAUCGCAAAGGUUAGUGUGGAGGAACAAAGACGUAUACAGCAGGAAGAAGAAGAAGCCGAAAUUAAGCAAUCUCUAGAGGAAGCAGCUAUUAGAAAUGCCACUAACAGUGCCAUUAAGGAAAAAAUCAAAUCAUAUGGAGGUAAUGAAACAACGCUAGGGUACAUGGUUCCAUCAUAUAUCAACCACAGAGGGUCGCCACCAAAAGCUUGUUUUGUCUCAUUAAUCACAGAACAGGAUUCCAUGACCCAAAUUCUACUGUCCAUUGAUGAAGUGCAAGGCAAGUUCAAUAAGGAUUUUGCGUACCCGUGGGUUUUCAUUAGUCAGGGAAAGAUUGACGAUACGAAGAAAGAAAUGAUUUACCAGGCCAUGACCGAUUCCAUGAAUGGUAAUUCUGAAGUGAUCGACAUUAAAUUUGCAGAAAUUCCUGAGGAUGAAUGGACGUACCCUGAGUGGAUUGAUCAGAAUAAAGCGGCAGACUCACUAAUUGCACUAGUAAACAUCCCAGAUGGUGACUCUAGAGCCGUUAGAUAUAAAGCAAGAUAUUUAGCCGGGUUUUUCUGGAGACAUCCCAUUUUGGACGAGUUUGAUUGGUAUUGGAGAGUGGAUCCUGGUAUCAAGUUGUAUUGUGAUAUCGGGUAUGAUUUAUUCAGAUGGAUGCAGGAUUCUGGGAAAGUAUUCGGGUUCACAUUGAGCAGGAGUGAGGCUAAGGAAGCCAACGACAAGAUCUGGGAUACUACAAAGAAAUUUGGUAAAGAUUUCCCCAAGUUUAUAUCAGAAAAUAAUUUCAAAGCCUUCAUUACCGAAAAGGACUCUGACAAUUUCAACAAUUGUGAAUUUACGUCAAAUUUUGAAAUUGGAAAUUUGAACUUUUAUAGAUCACCUGCGUAUAAAAAAUUUUUCGAAUAUAUUGACAAAGAAGGUGGUAUAUUUUACUGGAAAUGGACGGAAUCUAUUAUUCAUACAAUUGGGUUAUCGAUGUUGUUGCCAAAGGAUAAGAUUCAUUUCUUCGAGAAUAUCGGAUUUCAUUAUGGAAAGUAUGACAAUUGCCCCAUGAACGAUGACAUUUGGGAGCAAUAUAAAUGUAAUUGUGAUCAAGGUAAUGAUUUUACCUUUAAAAAGGAGUCAUGUGGUGGACACUACUUUGAUAUUUUGAAGAGGGAUAAACCUGAAGGAUGGGAUCAUGUAUCAUAG